AUGGAGGCGAUUUUCCUUCGGUGGCAAGCUCUGCUUACCCACCCUGCGCGGACACGUCCGCCUGCAUACGCGCGGGCACUCACAGCCAUCCAUGUACUCCUCUGCGGGGUGUUUACGGAUGCCGAUCUAGUGGGGCAGCGCUCCUCCCGGAACGGCUCCGGAGGGGGUGCAGCUGCCGCUGGGGUAGGAGGCGCCCGGGCCCCCUCCCCCUGUACCCCGCAGGCACCAGCUCCUUUCUCUCCCUCCAAGUCCCUGACGCCGAAACGCCGGAGCUACGGAGCAGGUCGCAUCCUUGCUCGUACCGACGCCGCCUGCCCGCAGGCGAACGCCCGGCCCGGCCCACCCCGUCCCGUCCACCAGCCCGCGCUCCUCCCGCCCCGCAGCCCCGGACUCUCGCCGCCUGCUCCGCGCUCAAGGGCGGCUUCCCUUUGUCAGACUCCCGGGCACACCCUGCCCACCCCUCCUCCACCCGCCUCGGGGAAAGAACGCACCCGGGAGGGCUCGAAAGCUCGUGGGCAGCUGGUGGCUGUGAGCCAGCCUGGAGUGUGUCGCUAUGGUUCUAGGCUGGAUUGCUGUUAUGGCUGGAAAAAGAACAACAAGGGCCACUGCGAAGCUAUCUGUGGACAUGGCUGCAAGUAUGGCGAGUGCAUAGGACCAAACAAAUGCAAAUGUUUCCCUGGAUUUACAGGGAAAACCUGUAAUCAAGAUCUGAACGAAUGUGGACUGAAACCACGGCCCUGUGAACACAGAUGUAUGAAUACACAUGGCAGCUACAAGUGCUAUUGUCUCAAUGGGUAUAUGCUUAUGCCAGAUGGCACGUGUGCAAGUUCUAGGACAUGUGCCAUGGUGAAAUGCCAAUAUGGAUGUGAAGAAGUCAAAGGGGAGGUGCAGUGUCUUUGUCCAUCAGGUGGUCUUCAGUUGGGACCAAACGGAAGGACAUGCAUUGACAUUGAUGAAUGCUCCACUGGCAAAGCUGUCUGCUCUUACAACCGCAGAUGCAUCAACACAUUUGGAAGCUUCUACUGCAAGUGCCAGCUUGGUUAUGAACUGAAAUACGUCAGCAACCAUUAUGACUGUGUAGAUGUAAAUGAAUGUGUGACAAAUACACACAGGUGUAACUUCCAUGCAGAGUGCCUCAACACCGAAGGAUCCUUCAAGUGUAAAUGUAAACAGGGGUACCGAGGAAGUGGAUUCAAUUGUUCUGUUAUCCCUGAAAAGUCAGUGAAGGAAAUUGCAAGAAUCCCUGGAACAGCUAAAGACAGAAUUAAGAAACUUCUUGCACAUAAAAAAAGUGUGAAAAAGCAUGAAACACUCAAGAAUGUGAUCCCAGAAGCAGCUGUGACACCGUCUUCUAAGACCCACUUGCAGUUAUUGGACUAUGAAGGUGGUAUUGAUCUUCAUGGGAGCUACAGUGAGGAAGAGAAAGAAACUGAAGCUACUACAGAAGAGGCAGAAGAGUCAGACAAAGAAAAGAAGGAAGAUUAUGAGAAUCAAAUUGACCAUGAGCAAAGCCUUAGAGGAGAUGUUUUUUUUCCCACAGUGAAAGAAGCAGCUGCCUUUGGCCCUCUCCUGGCACAGAGGAAAGUUCCAGUGUCAAGGCCAGAGGAAGAAGUUGAUUGCAGCUUCAGUCGAGGGGUCUGUGACUGGAAACAAGAUGCUGAUGAUGACUUUGACUGGAAUCUUGCUGAUCGAGAUAGAGGCGACGGGUACUACAUGGCAGUUCCAGCUUUUGUGGGGCACAAGAAGGAUAUGGGGCGUCUAAAACUUCUCCUCACUGACCUCAAACCAAAGAGCAGCUACUGUUUGAUUUUCAGUUACCGGCUUGCUGGAGAGCGAGUGGGGAAACUUCGAGUGUUCCUGACAAACAAAAAAACUGCUCCUGUCUGGGAGCAGAACAAAGGAAAAGAUGAAAAGUGGAGAACUGGAAAAAUAGAUAUAUUUCAGGGAUCUGAAACAACCAACAGUGUCACUUUUGAAUCAGAACGUGGGAAGGGCAAAACUGGAGAAAUUGGAGUGGACAAUGUUAUACUAAUUUCUGGUCUAUGCCCAGAAGAUGCCUGAUAAUGGAUAUUUGAAUAUACUGGAUUUAAUUCUAUUUUUAAUAUUUGCCUUACUAGUAGUGUAUUUUUGUAUCUUUUUCUUUACAAAACACCUGAAAACUGUGCCUUGAACUUAAUGCAGCAAUGCAAACAGAAAAACUGACCUGUGCAAGAUGCAGAGUACACUUUAUGAGUUAUUCUAAUUCUAAUACAUCCUUUGAGUGUAGCACUACUGUAUUUUAUAAUUCAAGGUCAGGGUUUCUAAAGUAUUAUUUGUCUAGCUUUUUUACAAAUUUUGUAUGCUUUUAUUCUGUAAAGUUAUUUUCAAGGGUAUUCUUAAGUCUUCUAUUUCAUUUCUUCUACUCUGCAAGAACAUAAAGCAGUAUUUAAGAGGAUGUUACUACUUCUGUUAACAUAAUUUUAACUUCUUACUUAGUGCAUAGAUAGUCAAUCUAUGCAACAAGUAAGAAGAAAGAGAGGAGCUUUAUUUCCUUCUUGAUGGUGCUAAGCAAGUUGUAAGUGGAGUCAUGUCUUUGAGGAAUAUUUUCAUUACUAAUAAAGGAUAUAAAAUA